AUGCGCGACGCACAACAAUCGGACCCACCAUCCCCCGACGAGCAGGAACCACGGUCGGAUACCGAGGCACAAUCACAGCAGAGCGACGAGCAACAAUCACUGUCGGACAAGGCGCGGCAAUCGCCCUCGGACGAAGCUUCGCAAUACGACCAGGAUGACGGUGAAGAUACACGCUCGGAUGUAGAGGAGGGAUACUGCGAAGCCGUUGUUCGAGCAACAGGCCGGAGAGAAGACUGGGUGCUGGCCCUGGACGAGUUCCGAGAGGCAUGGAGGAAAUCAACAGAUGCACGCGGCGGGGCAAUCAGAGCACCGGACAUGAUGCGACACUUGGACGCGGACUCGUUCUGUGUGUUGGAAUUGAUGAUCAAGAGGACGGUCCAUGCCAGAGUACCGGGGGUAAUGAGACACUUUGACCGCUCUGAGUUCUGGCGAUUGAGUCAAUUGGACAUGUGGGGGCUGUUUGGGAAAGAUGGAAACACCUUGACCUUUUUGCAGCUUUUGCAGAACAACUUGUACAGGCAUUGUCGGAGCGCAGAAGAGGCUGUCGGCUUUUUGAAGCAAGCCCGCGAGUCACGCAUCAAGGGCGAGACGAAAGUUAGCAACCGAGCUCGGAAUAUGGAGUGGACACCGACGGAUGCGAAGGGCGCGGUCGAGCUGGCCAAGGCCAAGAAUGGAUCGAUUGCUGAUCCACCGACACCGCCGACUAGGCUUUCGAGCAAGAAACGCCCAAAGACGCCCUCUGCACAGACACGGCCGAAGGCGCAUACUGCGCGGGGCCAUCUGCGAAACAUGGAGGACAACGACGACGACUCCUUACUGUUCUCCUCGUCUCCGCCUGCAUCUCCUCCUGCAUCAGCCAGCGAGUCCGAAUCAGGUGACUCGUCCGACCCAAGCGAAGCUCGGACGCCGGAGAAGGGGCGCAAUGCGCGCGCGGCUGCCUUGCGCAAUGACCACUCGCUGCUUGGCGACGCUGCACCUCCAGACUUCGACGUCGACCGUUCCUCCGUCUUCACACCCACAUCCGCACCCACUUUGCCUCGCCAGCAACAUCACCGCCGCCGCCUACGAUUUCCCAACAGUAUCGCAGGCACCAGUCAGAGAUUUUCACGCGCAGGCAACCGCCCGAGCCCUUCGCCCGCCGACGACGGCAUCUUAUCGGGCGCCCAGCUGCACGACGACGACGACGCAACCAAUGCACCCACGCAGCACGAUUUCUUCGACAUUCAUGACGACCCGAUAGGAUUUCAGCUCGACACUCCCAUCUCGCAGUCACCGGUGACCACCGCCCAUCGCGAAACCCCUUCCUUGCCUGAUCGCGUCUCACGUGACGAUCCACACACGACUUCCGCCAGCAAAGAAGACAUGGGCAAGCGCCGAGGCCCCUCCACACCCUCCUUCGCUCCGAUCGCGGCCAAGAAGCAGCGUACUGGCAGCGCGCAAGUCGAGAAUGCCACGUUCGACCCAGACCAGUUCGACAUUACUCUUGAUGUCCUCGACACUUUCGUUGAUCGUAUUACCCAUGGCACCAUCGCCUUUUCCACCCAUGGAAGCAUUCAAGAGGCCGUUGAAGUAAUUCGGGAAUACCGUGCAGAGAGAGAGAAUGAUUCCGGCGAUGACUGCGAGGACAGACGAUGCUUCAUGAUGGUGGUGACUUUCCGCGCGCCAGAUGGCACAGACUCCGCCUUGUUAGUCUGGAUCGACUGGAGGGCGCAGUCUACAAUACUUUGCUCGCCCCUCGGGUAUCAUGCCAUGUUCCAGGACAUCACCGAUGCUGCCGGGAUGAAAAAUAUUUACAAAGUGCACCCUCGCGACGGUUGGGAUGAUGAGUCUCGCAUCAAGGCGUCCAUCAACAAUGCCUUCAUUGCGUCCAUUGCGGGUCAUCUUGUCGUCGGAUCCUCGAAGCCUGCCCCCACCUCGAUUGCUUCCCUGCCGCUUUGGUCGUACCUCAUUCACCGUACCACGCAGCCGGACGCCCCACGCACUGGGCAAGCAGUGGUAUUUCCAAGCAAAGCCAGCGUCCAGGCUGCGGCCCACGAUGCUCUCGAAGACAAGCUGAAGUGCAACCCGAAGUCUAAGAGGCCAUCGUCCGUUCUGGCUUCCGCUGUCUCUCUCUGUCACUCGCUCCUCGAGGAUCUCAAGGAAGCGUUCCGGACCACACAUACCUUGCAAGCCGAGGCUAUCACGAUCCGCAAACUCAUCGAGCAUAUACGCGAACCUGCUGAGCCAGAGCCGGCGGAAGCUGAGGGACUCCGUGCAACGAUCGAAGCUCUUCGCAAAGCCGCAGCCGGGGAUCCGACUCUUCAGUCUGUGCUUGAGGAGAAGGAAAGAGUGCUACGGGAUCUCCUCCAGCCACACGGCGAGGGUAGUCUGUCCGCACUGGACGAAGUCUACGACUCAAUGGGUAAUGCCAUCAUCGCCGCAUCCGAGGCUGCUGCGGACUUUACGCAGGCCCAGAAGGGCCUUGUCGAGGAAGCCGAUUCUGCUAUCACGGUCCUGACCGCUCUUCGUUCCAAGAUCAACGCCAGCAGCUAA